UGGCAAAGAUAGAUUCUGCAAAAGUAAUAGUUUUGCAAUAGCUUGAAGAGUAAAUAAUGAAAACUUUGCAUAAUUCUACCAUUUGUGAAUCUUAUUUUGUCAGGUUUUCUUGUCCUAAACGUACAUUUUUUGGAAAGGUUAAACUUUUAAUUUAGAUUGGUUACUUUAUACUGUUUCUUGUUCAAAUUAUACAUUACCACAUAUUCCUAGUACAUGCUUAUGUAUGUUCAGUGCAAUAUAUCCUAAUUCACGCAUGGCUUUUCCCCACAGAGGGUGUGAUGGCAGGAACCGAGGGCAUCAUGCACGGCACCCUCUACAGCGCAGCGAAUGGCCAGCUCUCUGGCACCACGGCUCCCGGGGCCUCCUCCACAAACACUACCAACUCUCUCAACCAUAGCUCACUAAACGGCGUCAUGCCCCUCAACAGCAUGGCCAUGUCCAAUGCUUGCCAGUAUGAGAGCAGCAAGCUGGACAUGCAGGAGAACAAGGAGUGGUUUGGGGCGACAGGGGGCGGAGUCGAACACCUGGACCAAGCACAAGCGGAGACCCAGAUAAAGGAGGAAGUACAAGAGGUUGAUGAUAGUGCACCAGUUAUAGAUAUUAUGAUCAACAAUGUGGUGUGCUCCUUCUCUGUUGCAUGUCACAUUGACCUGCAACAUGUAGCCCGGUUUGGUCAUAAUGUCGAAUUCAGGAAAGAGAACGGAAUGGUAACCAUGAAAUUACGAAAGCCUUUAACUACCGCCUCUAUUUGGUCAUCGGGAAAAAUCACCUGUACAGGGUCGACAUCAGAACUACAAGCCAGAGUCGCUGCCAGGAGAAUCGCUCGACGUAUACAGAAAUUGAACUACCCAGCAAAGUUCCGUAAUUUCCGCAUUGUCAAUGUCCUUGGAACGUGUACAAUGCCCUUUAGUAUAAAGAUCACUCAGUUUUCACAAAAAUUUAGAGAAGCAGCAAGGUAUGUGAUUUUAGUUUUUAGUUUUAUUUUGUCUUGUUUACAAUUACUUUGAAAUUUUAGUAAUUGU